AUGCCCAACAUCCCCACGGUAAGGGAAUUCCUCCUGCUGGGAUUCUCGGAGGUCCGGGAGCUGCAGCUGGUCCACGCCGCGCUGUUCCUCCUGGUCUACCUGGCGGCCCUGACGGGGAACCUCCUCAUCGUCGCCGCCACCACCCUCGACCGACGCCUCCACACCCCCAUGUACUUCUUCCUCGGGCACCUGUGUGUCCUCGACCUCUGCUACAUCUCCGUCACCGUCCCCAAAUCCAUCUACAACUCCCUGACCGAACGUAGAUCCAUCUCCUUCCUGGGCUGUGCCGCCCAGCUCUUCUCGGUGGUCCUGUUUGGUGGUUCAGAGAUGUUCCUUCUCACGGUGAUGUCCUACGACCGCUACGCCACCAUCUGCCUCCCCCUGCGCUACGAGGUCAUCAUGAACGGACAGGCCUGUGGGAUGAUGGCGGCUGCCUCGUGGCUCACUGGGGGCCUGUUGACAGUAAUGUGUUCAGCUGGGAUGUUCUCCCUGUCCUUCUGUGGGUCCAACAUCGUCCUGCAGUUUUUCUGUGACAUCCCCUCCGUGCUGAAGCUCUCCUGCUCCAAGGACCACGUCGCCAUCGACGUGAGCAUCACCACUGGGGUAUCGUUAGGCAUCGCCUGCUUCAUUCUCAUCAUCGUCUCGUACGUGCGCAUCUUCUGGGCCGUGCUGAGGAUGCCGGCCUCCGAGGGCCGGGCCAAAGCCUUCUCCACUUGCGUGCCCCACCUCAUCGUCGUCACAGUUUUCAUCUCGACGGCGCUAUUUACCCACCUCAAACCACCCUCGGACUCCUUCUCGAUCAUGGAUCUGCUGGUGUCCGUGUUCUACUCCGUGGUGCCCCCUGUCCUGAACCCCCUCAUCUACAGCCUGAGGAACCGGGACAUGAAGGCCGCCAUGGGGAGGAUCCUAAUCUUCUUGGUGGUCAUGUUUGGUAGUUCAGAGAUGUUCCUCCUCACGAUCUCCUGCUCCGAGGACCAUAUCGUCAUUUACGUGACCUUCACCUGUGGGGUAGCUGCAGUUCUCGUCUGCUUCAUCUCCAUCAUCGUCUCGUACAUCUCCUGCUCCGAGGAUCACGUCGUCAGUGACGUGAGCAUCACCGGUGGGCCCGUGUCAGACUCCCCCUCGACCCUGGACCUCCUGUUGUCCAUAUCCUACACAGUGAUGCCCCCCGCACUGAACCCCCUCAUCUACAGCCUGAGGAACCGGGACAUGAAGACCGCCCUGAAGAGAGUUUCCCGACCGUGGUGGCAGCCAGAUAAAGAGCUGCCCAAAGAGGAAGUCUGGCACCUGAGGAUUUGUCAUUGUCUGGGACGGAAGCUGAUAAACCGGGUGUGA